AGGGACACUAUUGCGGUCAAAAGACUUUCUUUGCACAUUUAGUGGAGAAUAACUAAGUAAAAGACUGCAAACAUGGUGGAGAAAUUUGUCGGGACGUGGAAGAUGGUCUCCAGCGAGAACUUUGACGACUACAUGAAAGCAAUCGGUGUUGGCUUCGCCAUCCGGCAGGUGGGGAAUCGAACCAAGCCCAGUUUGAUCGUGACAGUGGACGAUCAAGGCACCGUCUGCCUGAAGACGCAGAGCACCUUCAAAACGUCCGAGAUCAAGUUCAAGCUGAACGAGCCCUUUGACGAGACCACCGCAGACGACAGGAAGACGAGGACCGUGUUCAGCUUGGAAAAUGGCAAACUUGUGCAGAAACAGAACUGGGACGGCAAGGAGACGAGCAUCGAGAGGGAAGUGACCGAUGGAAAACUAAUAGCGAGGUGCAUCAUGGGAGACGUGGUGGCGGUGAGGACGUACGUCAGGGAGGCGUAACCUCUUCACGUGCCGCCGCCAGUGGACGACCGGCUCAGUUUCAUGAGACCAAUGAAAUUUGAAAUGUUGUUUUUUGGGAAUCCCUGAAUAAAGUUGAUUUGUCCGA